UGGCAGCAGUGGGGGGUAGCAGCAGCAGAGAGAACAGCGGCAGCGGCUGUGUGGGACUCCCCAUCGCCGUGCCAACACCCUCCCCCCCAUCCACUUUCCCAGUGUCUCCCACUGCAGGCCCCCCCAGCUCCUCCUCCACAGCUCCUAACUCUUCCCCCUCUCCUUCCCCAACUCCUUCCUCCUUCUCUUCCUCUUCCUCCACUGCCACUCUAACACAACCCGGCGCUCCCUUACUCCCUCAGUAUCCCCCCCAACACUCCACUCCUCCUCCUCACCCAAACACCCAAUCACACGCUCCCUCCUCCAACACUCACCCGUCUGAGGGAGAUCCGCCUCCUCUCCUUCCUCCCUCUCCUCCCUCCUCUUCCUCACCUCCUCCGGAUGAAGGUAACACGCCGCCUCAGUUCUUCAGUAUGAACCGUCCCACCCCCAGGCAACAGAACGCUCAGCUGGGCGGGUCUCUGCCCUACAGACGACCCCCCUCUGUCACCGGACAGCCAAUCACAACGGAGAACCAGAACGGGGGGCCGUACUACAACCAGAGCCCAG